GCUGUUAUUGAUCAAAUUGUCCAGCAGAUGGGCUUUACCGCGUCACAUCGGCGACUCCGAUGUGGCCCACAUACUCUUAAUUUGGUCAGCCAAGCGUUCCUCUGGGGCAACAACGCAGCUGCGUACGACAACACAGACGAAAAUCUACAAGACGGGGAUAGACUCCUACAACAGUGGUGUCGAGAUGGCCCAUUAUGUAUACUUAUUGCUAUAAUCAACCACAUUAAGACGCCGCAACAACAAGAGCUGUUCGAGAGCUUUCAGCGUCUCGCUGAUCAGGAACUACCUAUACAUGAACAGAAGAUAUUGCAGCCCGUAGAGCCAGUCGUUACGCGCUGGAACUCAUACUUUUCAGCUUUUGAGCGAGCUGUAUAGCUCCAGGCUGCCCUUAACGCGUAC